AUGAAAGAAAGUUCAGUUGGAUCUGAGAGCAAUAAUAAGCCUUGGGAUCAUGCUUGGGAUACCGAAGAAAUACGAAACAACAGAAGAAAUUGGAGUCUUGCUGGUGAUUCUGGUCUAUUAAAACAUUUGCAAGAGUUUUCAGAGAAUUUAACAAAAAAAGCGAAUGAAACACAGGAUGUUAUUAAUUCUAUGGCAUCACAAAUAAAUGAAACAACAAUACUUGUUGACAAUAUAAUGAAUACUUCGUUAGCUUUAGCGAAUACUCAAUUUAUAGAGAGUCGAGUUCAAGAAGAUAAUAUUGAAAUAGAACAGCCAACAGAAGAUGUUACAAAACAGAGUGAAGAUGAUUGUGAAUUCAGUGCUACAGACUUAUUAUUUAGUGUUUGCGAAAGCAUUAAACAAGGUCUCAGUAUUAUGGAUGAAAAAUAUGAAAAAGUUGAAGUUACAGCGAGUGAUACUGAAGAUGAUGAUGAUAAUGCUAUUGCAAGUGUAAUAUUGAGGCCAAAAGAUCCAUAUCGAGACAGGCCUUUACCGUAUGUCUUUGGUUCAGAGCAGUGGAAUGCUUCCAAUAAAGUUGGUUUAGAGUCAAGUAGCAGUGAAUCAGAACUAAGUGAUGACAAUGAAGAUUCAAUAAGUGAUAUUGAAGAGAAAAAUGUAGAAAAUAUUUUAAGUUCUAAUAAUCAUAGUAAUUCAGGAAUCAAUCGAUUAUCCUCUACAUCAAGUGAAUCCAAUGAAUUUAAUAUUGAGGAGAAUAAUAUUAGUAAUAAAGAUAAUGAUAAUCAAUUUCAUGCUAGAAGGCAAGAAACUCUUAAUUCGGAUACAGAACCAACAACUCCUUCAAGUGUUUUACCAAGGAUACAAAAUAUUAAUAAUGCACCACCAAGUUUUGCCGAAGAACUAGCUAAAAGAUUAGGUAAUGUCUUACCUUCCCAGAAAAAUGCAAUAGUUCAGGAUAUAAAUGAACAAGUAAUAAAUUGCUCAAAAGAUGAUAUUUUCACUUCAGUAAAUGAUGCAGAUGUAUUUAAUAAUAAGUCUGAUAAUUUAUUCAGUGAAGGAAAAAAUUUAUUUGUUGAUGAAGUACCUUCUUCUAUUAAGAAUCUGCCUGUAAGGGCUAUAAAUAAAAAUAUUAUUCCUCCAAGUAUAGAUGUACCUCCACCACUCAGUAUAAUUUCAUCAGCUCCGAAAUCAACAAUUGAUGAUUUAUUUGGCGAUGUAGAAGAUUCUGAUGAUUCAGAUGAUAUAUUUUCUAAAAAAGUUUCAAAAGAUAUUUAUUCUUGUGAUAACGAAAUAAUAAGAUCUGAAGUAAUUAGUAAACAAAAAAAUUUAAAUACGGAGAAUACACAAAAUAUCAGCAAUAUAACUACAAGCACUUCUGAAAUAAAUGAUAAAGUAAAAGAUUUAUUUGAAGAACAAAAACAAGAUGAUAUUUUCAAGAUUGAUACAAAGAAAAUUCAAUCUCCAAAUAUCGCUUCAAUAGAUCCUAUAAAAAAACCAAUUGGUGGAGUAUCUAUACUGGGUAAGAUCGAUAUCCAUUCAUCUAACAAAUUUUUGCGUCGACCCUCUUCUACCUCAUCUUCCGAAAGUGAUUUUAUUGAUCAUCCAAUAAAUUCAAACAGUGCCGAAGUAGCUAUUUCGAAAAAUAAUAAUAAUACAGAUGGAAUCAACGUAUUCCCAUCUUUUCAAGCUGGAAAAAAUAUUGGCAAUUCCAGAAAUACGUUCAGUGAGAAUAAUACAAGCAGUACUAGUAGUAUACCAACACAUCAAACAAGCAUUGUUAAUACGGCUGGAUCAAGCACAGGCUACUGA